GCUGAUUGUUUUAAUAUCGUAACUGCAAGUAGAGUCCUUGAUUAGGUUUGAGUUUAAUUACUAGUAAAUCUUGAAGUUCAGGCAAUGGCAGAUGAAGAUAUGGUUGAAGUGCCCGAAAAACUUUCAAAAUGGUUCACACAUGAUGAAUGGAAACAGAUGUCUUACUAUGAAAGGAAAAGAACUCUUAACGUUUUGGAGAACUAUCACACACUGACUGGUUUGGGUAUUAAUGUCCCAAAACCUGAUUUUAUGUAUCCUGCUCUCCACAAGACACCCAGACCUCUUUCCCAGAUAACUCCAGUUUUCAGCACAAACAAGGUGACAGAGAGACCCAAGGAAAAAGACCAGUACUCUUUCAGAGGUGCUGGUGAAGUAUCCUCAGUCCGUCAUAGUCGUGAGUAGCACUUUUAUAAUAUAAUUUUAUGUAU